CGCCACUGUCAUUCAGCUAAAUCAAAUCAAAUCAGCUGUGUAUUGCACACAAGAAACAUGUAAAUAAAUUAAUGUGCGUAUAAAAAUUCUGAUGUGAAAAUGUCCACAAAGAUAAUUGAUAAAAAAUCGACUCAAUGUUUAUGAUAAAUUUCUUGUGGAGUGAUAAUGGCGCGCCGAAGAAGCAGCGGAAUCACAAGCCUGGCUUUUAACCAGAAUCAAGGCUGCUUCACAUGUUGUCUUACAUCUGGCUUGCGUGUCUACAAUGUGGACCCACUUGUUGAGAAGGCACAUUACAGCAAAGAGGAGCUGGGCGAAGUAUCACUAUGUGAAAUGGUGUUUCGUACCAAUUGGCUACUUUUGGUGCGAGCCCGAAGGCCCUGCAGCCUCAUGCUUCUUGAUGACCAGCAGCGUGCCUUUAAAGCCGAAGUCCUUUUCAAGUCGCCUAUACGAGCAUUGCGGGCCAGGAAAGAUAAAGUGGCGGUAGUAUUAACAUCUUCGAUCCAAGUUCUAUCACUGCCAUCGUUACAGCGUGUCGCCUUGCUACGUACGCCGGCGUCCUCCCGUCCGCUGUGUUCUCUUGCGACGGAUCCCAACGCGGUGCAAUUGCUGGCUGCGCCGGCGCAUCGGAAGGGUUCGUUGCAAUUGUUGGACAUUUCUCGAGCGGUGAAAGGCGCUCAGUCCAGUUCGCCGGCGGUGGUGGGUUGCCAUCAAACUGACCUGGUUUGCCUUAGUCUGUCCGCAAAUGGUGCGAAACUGGCGACUGCCUCCGAGCGAGGCACAAUCAUACGCCUGUGGGAUACCAGUACUAAGCAGAUGAUACACGAACUGAGGCGAGGGUCGGAUUACGCUGAUGUGUACUGUAUAAACUUCAACUGGUCGGGGUCGCUCGUGUGCUGCGUGUCGGAUAAAGGCACGCUGCACGUGUGGGCUGCGCGCGGGAGUUACGCGCACGUGUGCGCACCGGCUGCGUCCUCUACGCGGGCUCUGUGCGCCUUUUCGGACGAUUCCAGCGCUGUUGUUAUAAGUGAGGAUGGUACAUUUCACAAAUUCACAUUCUCUGCAGAAGGAAGUUGCCAUAGAAGUGAUUUUGAAUAUUUUCUACAGGUAGGGGAUGACGACGAAUUUCUGCAUUGAUAUUUUAUUUGAUAUUCAUGGACCUAAUUAUUAAUAAGCGUUGUACAAAUCUGAAAAGCUAAAAACAAUUUAAUUUUUAAAGAUACAUAUUUUAAACACAGUACAAAAUUAUAGUGAUCAUGCCUAUUUUAAUGGGAUUAUGCAAAAAAAAUAUUAUAUAAGAAUUGGAGCAUUCAUAUUUAAUUUUGCUUAAUAAAGCAAUUUGUGUAUCAGCUACUGCCAACAGAUUAAAAAUCAUUUUGACAAACAAUUGUUCUAAUUCUAAUCUGUUAAAAUUUUGAAUCUUUGACUUUAGCUUGUGAAUUAAUAUUAUAUCUGUUGAAUUUAUAAUAAGACCAAUUUAAUUAUAUCCACUGUAUUUUAAAUUUUAUGUGAAUUUUUUAUUAUUAUUGUUAUUGUUUUAUAACCAAAUGACUGCAGCUAUGUGAUGUAAUGCCUAAAAACUUGAAAGUUAUCUUGUGAGAUAAUAUCUUAGGAACUUGCUUGCAAAUACACAGUGAAAUAUGGAGUGACCUGAUAAGUAGGAAAUAAAUCUAAGACUACAAGAAUCAUUUUCAAUUAUUCAUUAAAGAUUCACUUAUAAAUGUCCAUGUUAAGAAAUAGUUGGAAAGUAUGUAACAUUUACAACCAGUUACAAAGUCAAAAGCAUAGAGCAGGCAAGAAACUUGGCUUGUCUGUUUGAUGUUUUGUUUCACACAUAAAUUGUAAGGAACUGCAACAAUUACACCAUGCUCCUGUAAGUCAUAAGAUAAUAGAGGCACUAUGUCUUAGUGUGCUAUUCAAAUCCGUGAUAUUAUACACUAUUGCAUUUGUUUGUACCUAAUGUUGUGGAUCACCUAUAUAUUAUUUCGCUUACACUAAGGUAACUUGUAUAUCAUUUUCAUUUUUUUAAAUUUAUAUUUAAUGUAUCGCGCAAUGUACAUAAUAAUUUAAAUGUUUGUGAUGUCAUUUAGCUUUUCUAUAUCUAUAUUUUAAUUUAGUAUUUUAAUAAUGACUUUAAUCACUUACUAUUAUAAUACUGAAACCAUUUAUUUUUAAACUUAUUACGGGAUAAUUAAUAGCUCAAUGAAAAAUAUUUACCCAUUUUAUUUUUAGUCAUAAAUUCUUGUGUAAAGCAACGAAUUCUAAAAUAAUGUCUGUCUGGGUAAAAUGUGAUGUCACAGAAAGUGAUUACUUAUAUUAAGUUUAUGUUAAAUUUCUAGUAGGAUUGAACUGAUUUAUAUCAUUAAAAUCAUAUACAACCCCAUAAAAGUUGUAUGUGUGUAUAUAAGUGCAUGUUAUAAGUUAAUAUAGAUAUUAUGUGAUGGCUUGUUAAAGUUAUGUAUUUUAAGAUAGAUCACAAUACAUUGCUGACAAGUAGUCAUAUAUAUCUAGAAUAUCAUUUAAGGGUUAAAAUUUGGCUACAAAGAGCACAUUUGUGUAAAUAUUAUAUUAGGUUUAUUUUUUAUAAAAAUUGUGACAAUGACAGUCUCCACAGUUUUUUAUAGAAAUGCUAGGUGUUGAGGAGUGUUCUCAAUAGGGUAUUUGUAAUUUUCACAAUAAAAGAUUUCUUUUAUAAUAACAACUUUUUAUUAUUGCCUACUUC